UUAUCCCCCGCGCUCAGAGCUGUGCCAAUGGAGGUGGAGGCGGCCAUGUUGUAGCUGCAAAGCGGCGUCAGAGUCAGAGGGAAUCGAAUCGAAAAACACCGGGAGAGUCGCCCCUGAAACCUUGUCUACUGACCGCGCGGCUCGGAGGCAUCGGCCCCUUCUUAUUUCUGUUCCCAGAGCCGAGAAGCGGGAGCCACCAUGAGCGGCGGGACGCCUUAUCUGGGUAGUAAGAUCAGCCUGAUCUCCAAGGCCGAGAUUCGCUAUGAGGGGAUCCUGUACACCAUCGACACCGAGAACUCCACCGUGGCCCUUGCUAAAGUCCGCUCCUUUGGUACCGAGGAUCGCCCGACGGACCGGCCCAUUCCUCCCCGAGACGACAUCUUUGAGUACAUCAUCUUCAGGGGCAGCGACAUCAAGGACCUGACGGUGUGUGAGCCGCCCAAACCGACGUGCUCGCUCCCCCAGGACCCGGCCAUUGUCCAGUCCUCCAUCAGCACCAGCUCGUCCUCAGCGGCUCAGACUCCCUUCCAGUCCUCUGGUUCCUACGGCCUUUUCAACAGACCUCCGGUUCCCGCCUACAACCAGUUCAGCACCAGCCCACUGGUCUCGCCCCAGUUUGGACCCGCCGGUGUGGGGCGGUCCACAGUCUUCUUUAUGAACUCCAGUCUGAGCGGUUCUGAUUCGCGCUCUGUCGGGACUUUAACUACAGGCUGCAGCAGUCCGGGUGUGGAAGCUCUCAGGAAGAGUCCCACCCUGGAUCAGGUGAGCCAGAGCGGCCCGUCUGUCCCGGCGUCCACCGCCACGGCUCCAGCCCCCGGUCUGGGACGGAGAAGCCCGGCACACGGCCGCGCCCCACCAGCUGGUCCAUCUCAAAGCAGCCAGAAGGCCCAGCAACAUGACGGAGUGGACAAUCUGAGAGGAUCAGACGUCCAGAGCAGAGCUGAGGGCGAUCAGGCGCGAGGAGAAGGCAGGGAGCCCAGUAAACGCUCCACAGCAGGUGGCGGCGGCACGGCGAACCGCCGCGGCCGCGGGGGCGGGCAUCACGGCAGGGGCCGCUUCAACGUGCGCCGAGACGGACCCAUGAAGUUCGAGAAGGACUUUGACUUCGAGAGCGCCAACGCCCAGUUCAACAAGGAGGAGAUCGAGAAGGAGUUCCAGAGCAAGCUGAAACUGAAAGAUGAGAAGUCGGAGAAAGCUCUGAAUGGAGAGGAUAAGGGAGACUCUGGAGUGGAAACCCAGAACAGUGAAGGCAACAACGAAAACGAGAGAGACCCACUGGGCCCAAACUGCUACUACGAUAAGUCCAAGUCGUUCUUCGACAACAUCUCCUGUGACGACAUGAGAAAAGCUGCAGAUAAAUCUGGAGCUUCAGGUUUCCCUCGGGAGCGCCGGCAGACCUGGGCGGAGGAGAGGAGGAUGAACGCAGAGACCUUCGGCAUCCCUCUGCGCCGUGGCCGCGGAGGUUACCGGGGUCGUGGGGGGAUGGGCUUCAGAGGGGGCAGAGGUCGCUCGGCCAGCAGGGGGUCCUUUGGGCCCCCACAGGGCGGCGGCGGUGGUGGUGGUGGCGGCUUCAGGGGGGGAUACCGAGGCAACCAGGCAGGGCGCGAAUUCGCCAACUUACCGUACAGGAAGGACAACAAAGUUUCGGCGUAGUGUCGACAGGAGGAGGCGGCUCCGUCACGCUGGAACUUCCUCGGUGGGAAAACGGCUAGCUUUGGUUCUCUCCUGUCCACUAAACUCCCGAAGAUCGUCGUCUCCUCGUCGUUUCUGUCACCAGCACUGGAGUAGACUCUGAAUGCAGCUUAACGUUCCGUCUGUCUCAGACCACCAUGAUAAUGAUGCAUUUUAUUAGAGAAAGCGAUUCCCUCUAAAUGUUCUAGUUCCUCAGCUGUGGACGCUCUCGUAGCUUUAUCAGGGUUCCUCCUGCAGAGGGCGCUGCAGGCUCUCUAUAACAUGGAUUUUUUUUCUACUAUGGCGUUCUCUCGUCCACCUGUCUAACAUCACUGGUUUCACUGGUUGCAGUGUGGUCAUUUCUAACUCACAGAUUCACCACAGAUUGUUCCUUUUUUUAUUUUUUUUAAUUUUUUUUUUUUUUUACUGCAGGAACCUCAUUUUGCUUCUGUUCAUCUCUGAAUUGUUGGAGUCAGAAUUUAUUAAAGCCAAUGAUACAAACUGCACUAUUAGGAGCAGAUUUCCUCACCAUAAAGUCCAGAUUAUUAGUAUUAUGAAAUAUUGAAUUUGUGAGAAAUAGAUCUUUCAAACCACUGAAUUAUAGAACUAAAUGUUUCUUUUGUGAUUCAGAGAUGAACAGGAAGCUCCAGAUUUUCCUCCUGCGCUUUAACUCUUCCUACCUGGAGCCAGUUGGCCGGCCGGCCAGUCUCGUUACAGUCUUCAUGAAGCCACUAAACCCGAAAGCGCUGCACGCCGGCCGGCAGGAAGUGACGUCACACAGAUGGACAGAGCUGUGCACCGUAGCAACGUCGGUCAGCAAUAUUCCUGCUUUUGGUUCAGGCAUGAUCAGAACCUGUAAACGAUGUCAGUCGUGUUUUUUUUUCUUUUUGUUUAUAUUUUGUCUCCGCUGCUCGCUCGGAUCAGAAUAUCCGACAUUUAAAGAUCCGAUCAGAACAUUUCGAUAAAUUACAGGUGGUUGUGUCUUUUGACUGCUUUCAAUUCGGACCCCGUAGUUUCUCCAGGGGAAAAAAAAAAAGACUUCCCACGAUCCGAAAUGCAGAGCCACCUUUAAACUGUGCUCAGGAAACGGGAAA